AUGUCCACCAACGAGAAUGCUAACUCGACAGCUGACCGGCUUAACAGAUUCAAGAACAAGGGGAAAGACAGGACAGAAAUAAGGCACCGCCGGAUAGAGGUUAAUGUGGUACUUAGGAAAGCUAAAAAAGAUGACCAGAUGCUGAAAAGGAGGAACGUCAGCUCAUUCCCUGAUGACGUUACUUCUCCACUACAGGAAAACCGAAACAACCAGGGUACUGUAAAUUGGUCUGUUGAGGACAUUGUUAAAGGCAUAAACAGUAACAAUUUGGAAAGCCAGCUCCAAGCUACUCAAGCUGCUAGAAAACUGCUUUCAAGAGGGAAACAGCCUCCUAUAGACAACAUCAUCCGGGCUGGUUUGAUCCCAAAAUUGUCCUUCUUGGGCAAAACUGAUUGUAGUCCCAUUCAGUUUGAAUCUGCUUGGGCGCUCACCAACAUUGCUUCUGGAACAUCUGAACAGACCAAAGCUGUGGUGGACGGAGGUGCUAUCCCAGCAUUUAUUUCUCUCUUAGCAUCUCCCCUUGCUCACAUCAGCAAGCAAGCUGUAUGGGCUCUUAGAAACAUUGCAGGCGAUGGCUCAGUUUUCAGAGAGGUAGUUAUCAAACACGGUGUAAUUGACCCACUGUUGGCACUUCUUGCAGUUCCUGAUCUGUCAUGCUUGGCCUGUGGUUACUUACAGAAUCUUACCUGGACACUUUCAAAUUUUUGUUGAAACAAGAAUCCUGCACUCCCCUUAGAUGCUGUUGAGCAGACCCUUCCUACUCUAGUUCGACUCCUACAGCACAAUGAUCCAGAAGUAUUAGCAGACUCCUGCUGGGCCAUUACCCACCUGACUGAUGAGCCUAAUGAGCGCAUCGAGAUGGUUGUGAAGAAGGGAGUUGUUCCCCAACUUGUGAAGCUUCUAGGAGCUACUGAACUGCCCAUUGUGACGCCGGCACUGAGAGCCACAGGGAAUAUUGUCACCGGAACAGAUAAACAGACUCAGAAAGUGAUCGAUGCAGGCGCACUUGCAGUCUUUCCCAAUCUGCUAACAAACCCCAAAACUAAUAUUCAGAAGGAAGCCACAGGGACAAUGUCGAACAUUACCGCCAGGUGCCAGGACCAGAUACAGCAAGUGAUGAAUCACGCCCUAGUCCCAUUUCUUGUUGGUGUCCUCUGUAAGGCAGACUUUAAGACACAGAAGGAAGCUGCAUGGGAUAUAACCAACUAUACCAGCGGUGGGACUGUUGAACAGAUUGUGUAUCUGGUUCAUUGUGGAAUAAUAGAACCUUUGAUGAAUCUCUUGAGUGCAAAAGAUACCAAACUUAUUCAGGUUAUUCUUGAUGUCAUUUCAAAUCUCUUUCAGGCUACAGAGAAACUAGAUAAGACAGAAAAACUCAAUAUAAUGAUUGAAGAGUAUGGAGGCUUGGAUAAAAUUGAAGCACUACAGAGCCGUGAGAACGAGUCUGUAUACAAGGCCUCUUUGAACCUAAUUGAGAAGCACUUCUCAGUGGAGGAAGAGGAAGAAAAUGUGGUGCCAGAAACUACCUCUGAAGGCUUCGCCUUCCAAGUUCAGGAUGGAGCUCCCGGGACCUUUGACUUCUAA